CACAAAAACAAUAAUCGGUGUGCUGUGGCGGCGGCGGCAGCAGCAGCAUCACUGAAUCAGAACCACCGUUGUGUGCCGUUACGGGUGGCCACCAACAGUUGACAGCUAGCGCCCGAUCGUGUCGGUACUAUUCAGGCCAACACUCUGCAGUAGAAGCACCGAAGCCACCAAAGAUGGGACUGCCGCCGUUUUUGAACUUUUUCAACAACAUCCGGACGCAUGCCACGUUCGUGGGUGUGAUGGUGUCUCUGGAUGCGGCCGUCACACUGCUGCUCAGCUUGGCGUGGUCGCUAGAGGAAGACAAGCUUCCAGACAAUAUCAAGCAGAUGACCGCUCUGAAGGAAGGCAUCCUUGUUAUGGGCAUUGUGAAUUCACUCUUUGCACUCCUGUACUGGAUCGGAUAUCUCAAGCGUCAACGGUGGUGCCUGACAGUGUUUAUCGGAUUUAUGGCCAUUGCGAUCACGCUUCAGUUCAUCGGGCUGCUUGGCGCGAUGCUGCAGCUGAACUUCGUUAGUGCGUGCGUAAUGCUGAUCGUGCUCGCCAUUAACGGGUACGUGCUGCUGGUGGUGCUGCAACUGCGUAAAGCCAAUGCUGAGUUUACCAUGCCGCAACAAGGUGUAUACGGUGUCUGAAUGUGUGUGCCUAUCCCGUGAAGCGAUUGUUAUAGUGCUGCAGCUUGUAGACGUAGCACCGUAGGCGUAUCGUCGAUAAGACAGCCAGUAAUUACGAAUUAAUAUAACAGUUGAGUUGAGUCUAGCAAUCAGAGCCUAGCCCAACGAAAUAAGCGUUUAAUAAGGUUCUUGUUCCUGUUCCUGGGAUGACGCAUCCGGGAGCAGGGGGGGCUUCUUAUCGGCUCAUCUCGGUCGCACAUUUCAACCGCAAUUAAGCCAAUCCAAACAAAAAAAAAGGAGUCAAAGAGAAGCUGCUUUGAAGUUGACGUAAAGCUACGCAAAACCAAAAAAUCCAUUCAAACCCCAUGCACUGAGUGUUUUGCCCUUAUCAAACGGUAAACGUUCUUUUAUUUUUACCUUCGACUGGCACGGCGAUAAGUUGCUAAUCAACUAUUACUGAUGGAUUCGUUCUGCGCCGAGACUGUGCCGCCGAGAAUGUGCAAAGAAUGAACGGUCCCGUUUAGAAUGAAUCAAGCAAAGAAGGGGCUAAUUAGGCGCGUGCGUCAAUGAUUGACAUAAUAAUGAACGCUUUAGUUUUGCUUUUGCAUCCAAUCAUCCAGACAUUCAAUCCAAUUUACCCACCAUAGCCAAAUAUUCAUCUCAAAGCGAAACGAAACCAAUUAUUAGCGAUAAAGUAAGCUGCUGUAACAUGAUUUUUUAAGCAAAAACUAACGAUAAUCUGUCCUUAAACAUCAUCUAGAUGAGCGAUUAAUGAGAAUAAAAAAAACGGAAAGUACAAACAUA